GUCGUCCCACCUUCUGUGGAGCUGUCGGCGCUCUUCCUGACAUCCGGCAUUCGUUGGAGAAGCGGCAGUCACGCAGGGCUCCCUGAUCAGUGUCGACCAGAAGCGGAGCUGAAGCUGUCGCUGGCUUAACGGGGCUAAGCACACUGUCACACUGUCUAAGAAGCUACCCACCCACAGUCUGAGGUGACUCAGGGAUUCCACAAAAGAGGAGGUGGUUCCAGUAAGCAGUAGUCAGUGGUGAGUGACAGCGAGAGGCCAGUUGAUCCUGACAGACACGUUGGACUCCAUUAUGCAGUUAGGGUGUUAAGGAUGGAGGAUUCGAGUUUGUGUCUUGGUGUGUCGUCAGCAGUGGCUGAUAAUGAUGCCCAUCUGAGUAAUGCAGUCUUGAAUGGCCGCUACCCCAUAAGUCAAAAGCUUCACCAGCUUACUGCCCAGCUAGGACACGCCUUUCCUGACCUACACCGCCCACAACAGAUACCUGAAGAGAAAGCAGCAACACCUUUGGACGAGAAGACCCACCACGCAGCCCUGGCUAAUCAACCCAUCAGCAGCCAGAUGGCCCUCCUCGCCAAUCAGCUCAACCGAGACAUUGACGCAGGGGCACUGAGUGGGCUGAAUGGGCGUGUUGACCUGCAGCAGUUUCUCAAUGGCCAGAACUUGGGCAUCAUGUCCCAGAUGAAUGAUAUUGAAGAUGAUGCCCGCAAGAAUAGGAAGUAUCCCUGUCCAUUGUGUGGAAAGCGCUUCCGUUUUAACAGCAUCUUGUCUUUGCACAUGCGCACACACACAGGAGAGAAACCCUUCAAGUGCCCCUACUGUGACCACAGAGCAGCUCAAAAGGGCAACUUGAAGAUCCACCUCCGCACCCAUAAGCUGGGGAAUCUUGGUAAGGGCCGCGGCCGUGUCAGAGAAGAAAAUAGGCUGCUUCAUGAGCUGGAGGAGAGGGCCAUUUUGAGGGAUAAGCAGAUGAGAGGCAGUGUCAGUAUCAUCCAGACGGCUCAAACACCCCAGCUUGGCCUCAAUAGCAGCUCAAACUCCCAUCAGCAGCAAUUAGGCUCAGCUUGUGGUCUCCUUCCCCCUUCUGGCCUUGCCACUCCAGAAACAAUUUCUCAGCCUUCCUCUUCACCCAAGCCAGCCGGCACCCAGGAUGAACAGUCCCUGAACCCAACUACAGGCUUCCGUUGUACUUUCUGCAAAGGGAAGUUUAAGAAGCGUGAGGAACUGGACCGUCACAUUCGCAUACUUCACAAGCCCUACAAAUGUACUCUGUGUGAAUUUGCCGCCUCCCAUGAAGAGGAUCUGAUAAGUCAUGUGGAGAAGGCCCAUAUCACAGCCGAGACCACACAGGGCCAGGGUGCUGGUGGCGCCGGUGGCACACAGGUGGCCAACGAAUUCCGUUGUGAGGUAUGUGGGCAAGUGUUCAGCCAGGCUUGGUUCCUCAAGGGUCACAUGCGCAAGCACAAGGACUCCUUCGAACACUGCUGCCAAAUCUGUGGCCGUCGCUUCAAGGAACCCUGGUUCCUCAAGAACCAUAUGAAGGUUCAUCUCAACAAGUUGGCCAUCAAGAACAAACCGCCCCAGCCCACUGAGCAGGACAUGACUGUCGUAAAUAGCAUGAGCAGUCUGGCUCAGGAAGCUCAUGCCAACCUUUAUUCCCGCUACAUCUCCUGUCUUCAGGGGGGCUUCCUUUCACCAGACAAACAGGGCCUGAGUGAACAGCACCAGAUGUUGGCUAAAGCUGGUAUUGCUAUGAAGGAGAAAGAGAUGUUGGGAAAGCUGUUGGGCCCAAUGGCAGGGGGUAUGGGCCAUGUACUGGGCGAAAAUGAGAAACGAUCACUCCUUGGUUGUUUAAACCUUGUUCCACCACUCAAGUCGAGCUGCAUGGAGCGCCUCCAGGCCGCUGCAAAGGUGGCAGAGAUGGAUUCCCUCAGUAGCUAUCAGGCCUGGCAGAUUAUGGCUCGUGGCAUGGCUAUGGACAGGGCAUUCAUGCCUAAAGAGCAGCAGCAGCACCAUAUACCCCCAGGGCACGAAGAUGAGAUGGGUGGUGCUGGGGCUUUGGCUUCUUUCUCAAAAGAUAAACAAGACUACUCCUUGAUUCCUUCCAAUGAUAGCUCCAAGCAAAAGCAGCUCUCAGAAGCCUUGCAGGGAUCCAAGGCCUCUAGCGGAGCCCUGAUGUCCAUGAAGGAAGAUGGAAGAGGCUUUGACAGUCACCGUGACUUAAUGUCACACCAUAGUGCUGAGGCUCCUGGAGCCCUGGCUGGCUUGGGAAGCCCAAACGUUGACUACAGCCUCUCAGGCCUAAAGGAGAAGCCAUCAGAGUGCCCUGACUGUGGCCGGAUCUUCAGAACCUACCAUCAGAUGGUUGUUCACUCCCGUAUCCAUGGCAAAGACAGGAGAGGCAUGGAAGAAGUGAUCCAGCAACAAGGUCUGGAUGAACGCAGGGGCUCAGCCAGUGACCCAGAGUCCCAGUCCAUCAGCCGCUCUACCACUCCUGGUUCAUCCAAUGUGACAGAAGAGAGCGGAGCUGGAGGAGGACACUCCCAGACAGGGAGCGUCCAGGAUGACAGCCCACAUCCAUCCUCACCAUCUUCAGAUGUUGGGGAGGACUUGGGGAAGGCAGCGGGGAGUAUUCAGCCGCCUCUGCCCCAGCUUCGCGAGCGGAGUCUGGCCUCUGCCUCCAAGGACUGCGCCUACUGUGGCAAGUCGUUCCGGACCUCCCAUCAUCUCAAGGUUCACCUGCGGAUACACACAGGAGAGAAACCUUACCGGUGCCCUCAUUGUGACUAUGCUGGCACCCAGUCUGCCAGCCUAAAGUACCACCUGGAGCGCCACCACCGUGAGCGUCAAAAUGGUUCCACCAUCUCAGGCCCAUCCUCUGGCCACACCCCUUCCGCCGACCAUAAAGAGGACCAUGGAAAGACAGCGGGUGGCGGCAUCUUUGCCCGACCAGACGUCCUCCGCAGUGUUUUCAAGGGAAUGCCUCCCAACCUCGACUUCAGGGCAGGUCCAUUACUGCCACAUCAGUGGGCGUCAGCUGGAAUGAUAUCUCCACAUGACAGAGAUCGUGAGCGUGGUGACCGCCGUUUUGAUUCUGCCUCCUCAUCUGAGAAGAUGAAGACUGCUGAUGUCCCAUCCUCCCUCGUCUCAACAGCAACAGAUAGUCCUGCCAGCUUCUCUGACUUAAGCAGGGCUUACCAAAGUAUGAUGGGGAAUGGAGUCCACUUUCAAGGUUCUCUUCAGGCCUUCAUGGACAGCUUUGUCCUCGGCUCCAUGAAGAAGGAUACAAAGGACAACCAGAGUCCAGUCCAGCUCCAGGCCCAGCUCUACCAUGAUAAUGGUGAGCCCAAAGCCAAGCGAGCCAUGUCUACUGAACAGGACAGAGAGGAUAAGGCUGAUGCCAAACAGAAUUCACGCCCGGGGAAACCUGGAUCCCAGUAUGAACCACUUGAUCUGUCUGUGUCAGUUCGGCCUGAGUCUGCAUCCGGAUCUCUGCCAGGCUCCUCAGUCACCAUCCAUGACAAUGUGGCAUGGCAUGGCUGCCUCUUCUGCUCCUUCUCCACCUCCUCAAUCGAGAUCAUGGCUCUGCACCUCCAGGCCAACCACAUGGGUAAGGCCCAACUGCAGAGGUCUGACAUAGCCAAGGAGCUUCAUGGAGACACUUCUCCCACAACCUCCACUAUUCACUCUUCCUCCAAUAAGACCACUGGUGUGGCCCUUGAGAAAGAUGGAAUCCGAGAUGGAGAGAAAAACCACGGAGGCUGGAACAACCACCUGGACCAGCCCUACAACCCCUUCCAGAGUGACUUCUACAGAAGGUUUGGUGGCUUGUAUGAUGGAUCACCAAGUGCAAACCAGGCCCUUCAAGGUUGUAUAGCCCCACCAGAGCAAUGUCUUGACCUGCCUAGCCAGGCUUUUGGACCCUCCUCAGCCAGAGAUGACCAGAUUGUUGAGAGAAGCUCUCGUGGAGGUGCUGAAGAGGACCAGGUAGGAUCAGAUGAUGAGGUUGUGAAGGCUGGGUUGCACAGUGCCACUGAGACCCCUUCAACCACACCCAUGCGACAGCAGCAACAGAAUCACUCUGAGGAAGAGGAAGAAGAGGAUGGAGUGGCUGAAGAGGAGGAGGAAAGAGAUGAGGAUGGGCACAUGGACAUGGAGAGAGAGGAAGAAGGAAGUUCAGCCUCAAACCACCUCCGAAACCACCCCAAACAUUUCCAAGAUGACUCCUCUUUGCCCCAAAGAAGUGGAGCCUCUUCCUCCACAAUGAUGGCACUUUCUCUGGUUCCCCAUCCACAAAACCAAGCUUUGCCACUGGAGAAGCAGUGGCAGCAAGGCUUGGGCCUCCUGUCUCCCGGAGGCCCUCCAGGACUGUUAAAGGCUGAGCAGCAGACCCACCUAGAGCAGCAGAUGAACAUGCUCUCUGUCCUCAGAGCCUACAGCAAUGACAACAUCCCCGCAUUCAAUGGCCUUGGUGGCGGAGCAGGAGGAGCAUCCACAGGGGGCAUGAAGAGGCCAGAUGCACCUGUGCAUCUGUGGGUGGGAGACGAGGACCAGCCCAUGACCCAUGACCUCGCGCUGACCCACGACCCCCACCAUCUUAACAGCGACCUUAACCAUCCUCACAACCAUAACCUAGGCGGCCCUGAGGGGCUGGAUGCCCAAGCUGUAAACAAAGACUAAUGGCCCAGACCGGAGCAAGGCAGGAGGAUGAGGAUGAGGAUGGAGGCGAUGAUGAUGAGGAGGAAGAUGAGGAUGAAGGAUAAAUGAAGGAAUACACUAUAACAAAAGACUUUAUUUAAGAUGAAAAACACAUACUACCGUCAGAGUGAAGAGAAGGUGAGAACUAUAUGAAGGACAGUUUGGGGCUGGAUUUACGUGAUGGACCAAACGGCUUUUGCGAGCGUUCUUGGACACUAAACAAAGUGACAACAAUUUUCCUGUUUUGUCUCCUGUGGCCCCUUGUCUUUGUUGUCUAAUCUUCUACAAUGUUUUUCUUUUCUUUUAAUGAAACUACCUGUCUGAGUAGCAACUCCUUUAACUGGCCCCACAGUUUCUAAAACAUUCCUUGAGCUAGAAAGGUAUGUCUCUCUCUCUCUCUCUUUUUAGUUAGGACUGAAGUGUUGUGCUUAAUCAAAUAAGGCUUUUAAAGACCUUUCUCUCCUGUAAAAUGAAGACGACAUUUAUUUCACAAGUCCACGGACCGCCAUUAUAUUGUACUGGAAUGUAUUCUACUGUAGAAUAGCAACUCAAUGUUACCGGACUGUUGACGGAGACCAAGCACAUUUCCUGUCAGACCAGCCACUUUGGGCUCUCCUAUCAGCCGUUCUGUCUCUGUGUCCCACGGCCAUGCAUCACUCGGACUAUGGUUAACAAAGGAUAGGGGCACCACACGACAAUCUACAACACAAGUUUGUUUCCAGAGAUGAUAUUGCUGGUAGAAAAAAAAUACACAUGUAGCUGACCUUUGAUGAUGGUGGUGCUAAUGAUACUUGUGAAGAGGACUGAAUAUUCCCUAAAUGUACUUACAAUACUAAAUCCCCACUGCAUAACCAGGCCAGUACAGGCCUUCACCCUGCCAUUUGGCUUCCUUUGUCUAUUUUUCUUGUUCUGUAUCAUCCAUCACAGCAGCCAUAGAUGCUUAAUGUACAUAGAGAGAUAUACAGUAGUUUAAAAAAAGAAAAGCAAAAGUGAAAACAAAACUUUUAAAAGAUUCGUGACAAGGACAAGCAAACAAAUGACAGUAGAUUGCACAGCCACGUUCUGAAAAGGUCGGCAUCCUUCUAGAGUUUGACAGAGAAGAAUUCAAAAGAAAAAGAAAAAAAGAUCUGAAAAACAAACAAAAAAAAGGUGAUGUGGGGGAAAUGUUUCUUUCUUUAUCACCCUCCAACCCUUUCGCUUCAUCCCUCAUGUCAACCUCAAGAACUCUAGUGUUGCAGAUGUUUGUAAGAUACUGCCACCGAUCAUUGUUGCACAGUGUUAAUGACUACUGAAAAUGGUUUGAUGUAUUUACUUUAAAAUGAGAAUAAAAAAGAACAAAAAACUGGGAAAAAAGACAUAUUGUGUAUAGCCUUAGAUACAAGUCAUCUGUUAUUGCUUCUACAAAGCUAUGUAGCUGUGCUAGACUGUAGGAUGUAGGGUUGAUUUUAUUUUUUAUUUUAUAUGUACUGUACAUUAAUGCCUUCUCCAUUUACUGAUCAAAAAAAAAAGAAAAAGAGGAAAAAGAUGACAAUCGUCUCCUGUGCUGCAAACAUAUUUGCCCCCAUAUAUACAGGAUCCAUUAUGAAUAGAGGGACUUUAUCCUUUCUUAUUUCUUUCAUUUGUUUUGGUUCUCAGAAGUAUUUGGCACUGUGAUAGUAUUAUAAACCCAACCUAUACAGUAUAAAACUAGAUAACUAACUGAACUGAAGGUGUGUGUGUGUGUGUCCCUUGGCUUUGUGAAAUGUUUCUACGUCAUUUUUUGUGAACCCAGAGAAAAAUUCUAAGUCGGUAUAUACAGUCCAAAUAUAAUACCUCCUAAUUUUUCUUUUAAGUUUGACCAACCUCUAUACUGUAUGUGGCUUUGACAAAUUGUUACCCAGAUUUCUUUUGUAUGCAAAUCCCCUUUUGGCCUGCAGCAUCGGCCCGAUACUUCUUCAGCAGCAGCAUGAAUCUGUGCUCAAACUCCAACGCCAAGAGAUUACGCUGCAGUACAGCCUGUUUUAUUUUGUUUUCUCUUUUUUUAAUUUGAUUCAUGUAGAUUACAAUUAACCAUUCUUUCAUUUUCAGUAUACCAGGAAAAGAGGGGAUUUAAAACUAAAAUAAUAACAGCGAGACACGUGAAAAGUGAGAAGCAGUGGUUGUUGGAAAAUGUGACAGGGUGUUGGAGGGGAGGAAUUCAGGAAAUGGGGUCUGAGGGAACCAAUCAGAUUCAUCCUGCUAGAGGCACUGUCCAAUGGCUUUGACCUCUGACCCCAUCUGUUUUCAAGGGAUGUAAAGGUGAGAGAUGACUGGCGAGAGUCUCGCCUCUGAACCAGCUAUAAUAAUGAGCAUUCCACGCCACAUGUUAUGUACAAAAACCUGUCUUGUGAGCUGAACACUCUUUAUGUUUUGCUGUAUCCUCAUGGCAGAUGCUUCGUUUUGUAACUACUGAACUG